AUGACUUCGCAGCAGAUGGCCUACAUGGAAGAGAGCAGGGGCCCUUUGGUGCAGGGUGUUAUGUGGACGAUGGCGAUAGUUCCACUAUUUUUUGUUUGUAUUCGUUUAUAUGUGCGGGUUUUCUUGAAGCGGGUUUUUGGCUGGGAUGAUUUCAUCAUUUUCAUCGCGAUUUCUCUUCUUAUCGCAUACGCCGCUGUGUGUCAUGUCGCUACCCAUUUAGGUCUUGGAAAGCAUCUGAUUGUUGUGGAAGAGAACCCGAACAAUCUCAUGUCAGUGGCCUUACUAUGUGACAUUGGCGAAGUAUUGGCAAUCAUGGCGUGCACAUUGGGAAAAACAUCAUUUGCAGUGACACUCAUGCGAAUCGUGGUGAAAAGGUGGAUGCUGGUAUUGCUUUGGUUUGUGAUCAUCACUAUGAAUCUAGUCAACACCCUGACAGCAUUCUUUGUGUUUUUGCAAUGCAAAGAUCCUCGUCAUCUGUGGAAUCCUAUGAUUCCUUCCAAGUGCUGGCCUGCGGAUGUUUUCACUAAUUAUUCGCUUUUUGUCGGAGCAUACUCUGGUGCUCAAGACUUUGUCCUAGCCCUUCUUCCCUGGACAAUAGUCUGGAAUCUGCAAAUGAAGAAAAAGGAGAAGUUUGGUGUGGCAUUCGCCAUGAGCCUAGGCGUAUUUGCCGGUGCUGCUGCCAUCGUCAAAACAACCUACCUAGUCGCCCUUUCAGCCAGAUCAGACUUUACAUGGGAACUCGCUCCAUUACUCUACUGGGCCGCUGUCGAAGACGGCCUAGCGAUCACGGCCGCCUCAAUCCCGGCACUUAAACCUCUGUUAGUGAGCAUCUUCCCUAGCUCAACAGGUGAAAACUACAAUAUGAUAUCCUAUCCACUGAAACUGCCUGGAAAGAAAAUCUUUGAUCCUUCACAGGGAGAGACGCAGACGGAUAUUGGACAUGAGAGUCUUCGUGGUACAGAGAGUCAGACUGCUAUUAUUGAGUCACAAUCGCUUGGGAAAGAGGGUGAGAGUAUCAAUCUCAGGACGGAGGUUUCUGUUAUGUAUACUCGAUCUCCGUGA